ACUCCGUCCUUGCCGUAUCCACGCCAAGCCCGUGCAAUUGCCCACCCUUUCGUGUCACCAUGUCCUACACUGCCCAACUAGACACCUUCGUGUCACGUCUCAACCAGCAGGCAGACUACCGUACUGCCCACUCAGUGCUCUCUGAGCUCCUUGACAUGAUUGAGACGUUCAACGGAGCAGCAGAAUACGAGUAUUUCCUCAAGAACUUGGUGCCUAUCUUCCUCAAGAACCUCGAAGAGGUACCCAUUUCGUUUUCAAGCCAGUCGUCAGAACACAAGUUGAGAAAUUCGAUUUUGGAGAUCAUCCACAGAUCCAUCAUGAACGACACGUUCCUGCCGUUUGCAGAGCAGAUCCUCGACACGCUAACCAAGAUCUUGGUGGAUGAAAACGAAGACAACGGAGUCUUGUGCAUGAAAAUCAUCACCAGCUUGCACAAGGCCUACAAGACCAAGCUCGGCGAGAAAGUCAAGCCUUUUGUAGAGAUCAUCAGCCAAAUCUAUGACAACAUGCCCAAAACCGUCCAAGAAACCUUCAAUUCCAACCAGCUGAACUCCGACGAAGAUGAUCGUGAAAUGAGCCCUACCGCCUCUUUUGAAGAGGGCUACACUAAGCCUUUGAACAAGGCCAUGUUCUCAUUCAAGACGUUGGCAGAGUGUCCUAUUACCAUGGUCUCUUUAUACUCCUCCUACAAAACCUUGGUUGCAUCCAGCCUUCCGGUUUUCCUCCCCAAAAUCAUAAGUUUAUUAAAAUUGCAAGUGGACGAACAACGACAAUACAAAGAAAANUCUUCCAAGGAAAAUAAAGCAACCACCUCCAUAUCCCCAAAAAUCAAAAACCGUCAAGCAUACAGUGAUUUCAUACUUGCCCAAGUCAAGGCUGCCUCAUUCCUUGCUUAUGUGUUCAUCAGAGGCUACGCUAACCAGCAUCUUGAUCCAGAACAAUCUAAAGUGGUUCCGGACGUGAUUUUGCGCUUAUUGGAAGACUGUCCUGCGGAACUCUCGGUGGCCAGAAAAGAAUUACUCCAUGCAACAAGACAUAUAUUGUCGACCCCUUUCAGAACACAGUUUAUUCCAAAAAUCGAACUCUUGUUUGAUGAGAAGAUUUUGAUCGGAGAUGGUUUAACUUCCUUCGAAACUCUUAGACCAUUGGCAUACUCCACUGUUGCCGACUUUAUCCACAAUGUUCGUAAUGAAUUAACUCCAAAACAGAUAUGGUCUACAGUCAACAUUUAUUGUGACUUAUUAAAGGAUGAUUCCUUAGCAUUGACAGUCCAAAUCAUGAGUGCAAAGUUGCUUCUAAACUUGGUGGAAAGGAUCAUGAAAUUACCAAACAAAUUAGAAGGUAGACAAUUGUUCAUGAUCAUAAUUGAUUCUUAUGCCAAAAGAUUUGCAAGCUUGAGCCGGAAGUAUGAUUACAUUAUAAAUAAGCACGAAGAAUUUGAAAGAAAUAGACUUGUUAAGGAGGCUGAUUCCAAGAAAGCUAUCCAAAGAUACUCAUCAAAGAAGGUUGAAGUGGACGAGCCUGCAAAGGAUAUUAUAGCUCCAAAAGAGGAAGCAAAGGAUGAUGAGGAUUCUCAAGACGAAGUUUUCUUACCCAAGGAACCUAAGGACCCAGAGGAAAAGUACAUUGACAUAUUUAAUAUCGAUUCGUUUUCACCCAUCUCCCCUUCCCCUGUUACUAACAAUUCUGAUCUUCUCAAGGAUGCAAGGUAUCUUUUCAGAACCCUUAUGACCUUCCUUAAAUCUGUCAUUUUUGGUUUGAAGAACUGUAACCCUCCAGUGCCCCCACAACCAGCUCAAACAGACCCUAAGAAUCCUGGUCAAGUUAUCAACUAUGACAAGUGGAACGAUUCUGCAAGAAUAAGAUCCUACGAAGAAGUUAACAUUUUGAGAGCUUUGUUUAGAGGGGGAAUAAGUUGUUUAAGAUUCUUUUCAGUUUCGAAACCUAAACCUACAAUUUCACCAAAGGCCUUUGACUUCUCUACAGGUGGUCCAAACUUGCCAAUCACUUCAUCCAAGGAGGAGAAAGAUUUGAUGGAGAUUUUCGCCACAAUUUUCAUUCAUGUCGAUCCAGCUUCGUUCAACGAAAUCGUCAACGCCGAGCUCCCACUCCUUUUCAAUUCCAUGUUGGAAAAUGCUGCUUUGCUUCAUUUACCCCAAUUCUUUUUAGCCAGUGAAGUCACCAGUGCUAACUUUUCCAGUAUUUUGAUUUCCUUCUUGAAAUCUAACCUCGAUCAAUUAGGCAAGGUGGAGUUAAUCAAAUCUAAUAUACUUAUUAGAUUAUUCAAAUUGUGCUUUAUGUCGGUGAACUUGUUCCCUACAGCCAACGAAGGCGUUAUACUUCCUCAUUUGAAUUACUUGAUUUUGGAAUCGUUAAAACUCGCAACCAAGGCUGAAGAACCUAUAGUGUACUCCUAUUUGGUUAGAAUUCUUUUCAGAAGUAUCUCAGGUGGAAGAUUCGAAAACUUGUACAAAGAAAUCAUGCCCAUCUUACCGGUAUUAUUGGAGAAUUUAAAUAAGAUGAUUGCUAAUGUGACUAGAACAUACGAACGUGAUAUUUACGUGGAGUUAUGUCUCACUGUACCGGUUAGAUUAUCGGUGUUGGUACCUCACUUGAAUUACCUUACUCGUCCUUUGGUUUAUGCCCUUAAUGGAUCUCAGGAAUUAGUCAGUCAAGGUUUGAGAACUUUUGAACUUUGUGUGGAUAAUCUUACAGCAGAGUACUUUGAUCCUAUGAUAGAGCCUGUUAUUGAUGAGAUUAUGGCUGCAUUAUGGAAGCACUUGGAACCUGUUCCCUACCACCAUCAGCAUUCUCACACUGCUAUCCGUAUCUUAGGUAAAUUAGGUGGAAGAAACCAUAAGAACUUCAAGCCAUGUGGAUCUUUAAUCAGCCAGUCUGACUUAGACCAAGAGAUAAACGCCUUGUUCCAAAUUCAUGGUUUGAAUGGCAAGGUCCCAAUGUCUAUUACCCCAGGAGUCCAGUCGGCCAUGAAAUUAUUGCACGAUCCCAGAUUGAAAGUCCAUUACAGGAUUAGUGCUUUCAAGUAUUUGUCUAGCAUAUUCAAAUUAUUCAUCGAUACCACACCAAUACCAGAAGGAUAUGAUACUUUGAUCAAGAAUGGAGUUGAAUUUCUUAAGCAAGACAAGCCUAUUGAAGAUAUAAAAUUGGAUGAAUCAGAUAUCAAAGAUGUUGAUAGAUUGGAUCGUCAGCAAAAGUUAUUUACCAAGCUCUUGGAAAUGCUUUUUUUCUCGAUUUCUAUUCCUGAAAUCAAACAAGAGGCCAGUGACUUGCUCGAUGGUAUUACCACUCACUUCACUUUGAUUUAUCUUGGAACGUCUGUGGUGGAAAAGAUCAAGAAGGAGAGACCAUUCUCGGUGAAUGACAAUGAAGGAAAAGCCUACAUCAGUGAAACUGCGUUCCUCAAUGCAUUAAACUAUUCAUUGAGUUUCUGGGAUAAAGAUGUCAGAGCCAAGGGUAUUGAGGUUAUUCAGAACAUUUUCAAAACUACCUCCGUUAUCUUCGGCUCAGAUGAAAAUGCUCUUUACUCCCCUGUUUUCAGAUCUAUGUUUUACAAGUUCACCCAUUGUUGUUAUAACGAGUACUACCACACCAAGCUAGGAGGAAUUUUGGGAUUAAAAACCAUGUUUGAGGAUAUUAACAUACCCGCAAAGUGGUUCUUCAAAAGGCAAUUUGAGUUGGUAAGAUCAAUAUUCUUCAUAUUGAGAGAUACUCCUGAAACUGCUCCAUUUGAGAUUAGAGAAUUGGCAAAGAAUUUGGCAUUGAAAUUGUUGCAUGAUUGCAACAUAGAGCUUACAAAGGAAAUUAUUCUCGAGAAGCCUUUCCAGACUCUUAUUGGAGCAUUAGUUUAUGACUUGGCCAGUGCUAACCCUCAUGUCAGAGAAGUGGCGCAAGCCUCUUUGAAAGUCUUGUCUGAAACUACUUCAGUCCCAAUCGCUUCAAUUAUCAGUCCUUCGAAACACCUUCUUUUGACGCCAAUCUUUGGGAAGCCAUUGAGAGCUUUACCUUUCCCUAUGCAAAUUGGAAAUAUCGAUGCAAUUACUUUUUGCUUGGAUCUUCCUGAUACUUUCUUGACUUUCAACGAGGAAUUGAACAGAUUGCUUUUGGAAGCCUUGGCUUUAGUUGAUGCUGAAGACGAAUCGCUUGCAAAUGUGCACAGAUUAUACGAACAUCGUACCGCCAAGCAGUUAAUCGAAUUGAGAGUGGUGUGCAUCAAGUUGUUAUCAUUGGCAUUAACCAAGCCUGACUUCUCUCUUGGAUCGUUGGCUGAAGCUAGAAUUAGAAUCUUGGGAGUCUUCUUCAAAGCUUUGUGUAAUAAGUCUACUGAAAUUAUCAAUGCUGCUCACUUGGGAUUGAAAUCAUCUUUGCAAGAAAAUGCUAAAUUGCCAAAGGAAUUGCUUCAAAAUGGAUUGAGACCCAUGUUGAUGAAUUUGUCUGAUCACAAAAAGUUAACUGUAUCUGGAUUGGAAGCCCUUGCUAGAUUAUUAGAGCUUUUGAUUUCAUAUUUCAGAGUGGAGAUUGGUAGAAAAUUGCUUGACCAUUUAAUGGCUUGGGCUCAGAUCAAUACUUUGAGACAGAUUGCCGGCCAGGAUUUGGAAAAUAACCAUACUGUGCAAAUUGUUAUGGCUAUUUUGAAUAUUUUCCACCUUUUACCACCCAAGGCAUACACUUUCAUGGAAGAGAUCAUCAGUACCUUGCAAUAUUUAGAAGGACACUUGGAUCGUCAUCAGAAUUCGCCAUUCAGAUUGCCAGUGUCCAAGUUCCUCAACAGAUUUGCAGAGAAUUGCAUGGAGUAUUAUAUUACCAAUUUCAAAAACAGAAAACUUGGAAACAUGCUCUCAUCUAUUGCAGGAAUGGAAGGUUGUGACAAGAUCAGAGAAGUUGCAAAAGAGAAGCUUGCCACUAUUAUCAAUGAUAUAAAGUACGAGGAGCUGGGUGAAAUUAAGGUUGUAAAGUUUGCUAAUACUAUAGAUUUACUUGAAUCUAUUACCAGAUAUGACUCAGAAUGGUUUGAUCAACGUAAGUCUUUGCUUUUGGACUUUUCAGUUAUCGUUGAACAAAUUGUCACUAUCAAUAAGGAGUCUACCUUGAUUUCUUCGAUUCAUUUCCAAUCAGAUCAAGCAAUCGAAAAGUUACAAUCAAUCUUAGUUAAGUACUUGGAAAGAAACCCUAAAGAGGCCGACGUUUUGUUCAGUUUGAUUGACAGAUAUUCUCAAUUGAAAUUGAAGAUCUCGAAUCUGAUGGAAGAUUUCAUUUUCAACACUAUCGUGAAGUCAGACGACAUUGAAUUUAGAGCCCUCUAUUUGAGCAGGUGUGUUGAUUUUAUUAGCGACUCAGAUUCUAAUUUGAAGUCAAAAAUAUAUUUGCUCAAGAGGGUUUUCAACCCGAUCAUCCUCUAUGAGGCCGAGACAAAUGGAAAAGUCGAUGCAUUCUUCAAGGACUCAGAAUCUGAGCUCCCUUCAUGGUUGACAAAACUUUCCGAAAACAUCUGGAAGUCUACCAAUGAUAUCAUUACUGACCAUACGUCAGGUAUCCUCGAUAACUACAGAUAUCAAUUACUUGAAAUGACAACAAUUCUUUUGAAAUGGGCUUCGUCAUUUAUUGGAAGUUUGCGUAAGCAUAUCAUCAAGUUCAGUUGGAACUACAUCAAGUUGGAAGACAAUAUCACCAAGCAAGUUGCCUAUGUUACCACAUCGUACUUUAUUUCAUCGUUUGAAACACCUUCGAAAUUGGCCACUCAAGUUUUUGUGGCGUUAUUGAGAACCCAUCAAACUGAUUCCAGACAUUUGGCCAGACAAGCAUUGGAUAUUUUGGCACCCGUCAUGUCCGAAAGAAUGAUAGAUAACGAAUCGUCUCCAGAUACAUGGUUGAAAUGGCCAAGAAGAGUGAUUUCUGAAGACGGAUUCAAUGUUACACAGGUUCUUAAUGUUUAUCAAUUUAUUGUUCAGCAUCCAGAUUUGUUCUUCAUUGCAAGAGAGCACUUUAUAUCUAAUAUCAUCACUGCUAUGGGUAAGCUUACCAUUUUGGCUAACCCAGCUCUUGAGAAUCAGGUGUUAGCCAUCGAAUUGGCCGAACUCAUUCUUAAAUGGGAAAGAAAAGCCCAACUGGAAGUCAAAGAUGAUGCUAUGGAAGAAGAUAAAUUGGAAGGUGAUUUCACAACAUCUUCCACUUAUUCCAUUCCAUUUGGUCAGAGAGAGGCAUGCGUUACAUUUUUGAUUCGUUAUGUCUGUAUUAGCCCUCAAAGAGCAUCGGAGAGUGAAUUAGGCCAGAAGGCUUUAGGAAUUCUUUACGAUUUGUUGAGUCCAGAACACUGGUCUGAAGUUUCGGUUAAGUUGAGUUUCUUCGAAAAGUUCCUCUUGUCAAAUGACUUGAACUCGUCCAACUUACUUGGAUACUGUUUGAAUGCCUUGGAAGUAUUGGGUGUUGUGUUAGAAUGGAAAAAAUCGGAAUGGAUUGUUUCGAAUUUGGCUUACGUUCACAAGUUAUUGGAGAAGUGCAUCAAAUCAGAUAAUCACGACAUCCAAGAGGUCUUGCAAAGAGUUUUGAGAAUUGUGUUGCAAGCUAUUGAGGAUCAAAAGUCAGGAGGUGAUGAAGAAGUCGAAGAAGAUGAAAAUGUGAAGGAAUUUAUUUCUUUGCUUUCUGCUACUGUUGCUGAGGAUUUGGGAGAUAUGCCUUCCGUUGCAGCUGGUGUUACAUUAUCUUGGACUUUGGCCAAUUAUAGACCUGCAAUCUUAGAUUCAUUGUUGCCAUCGAUCAUGCGAACAUUCAGCAAAUUAUGCAAAGAUCAUAUUACCAUUACUCACCAAGGGUCCCAGACCACAUCUUCAAAGGAGACAUCAAAUUCCGAGUAUGAGGCUAAGAUGACCACUAGACUUUUGGAGAAAAUUCUUAAUUUGUCGUCAAUGAGGAUUUCCAACCUUGGUGAUCAAAGAAGAGUGUUUUUGUCUUUAUUGGCCCAGUUGAUUGAAAGGUCAUUAGACAAGGAGACUUUGGAAAAGAUUAUUAAGAUUGUUAAGAACUGGGUUUUCUCCAGAACAGACUUGUUCCCAACCACUAAAGAAAAGGCCGCGAUAUUGAGUAAAAUGAUGGUAUUUGAGAUUAGGGGCGAACCUACCCUCUCCAAGGAAUUCUAUCAAAUAAUUGUUGAUAUCUUUGAAGAUGAUACAUUCAGCUGCACAGAGUUAACAGUCAGAAUGGAACAACCAUUUUUGGUGGGAACCAGAUCUGCUGAUGUGUCCAUUAGAAGAAAGUUGAUGUCUAUCUUGAACAAUAGUCUUGAAAAGGACAUUAGCAAAAGAUUGUACUAUGUCAUUCGUGAGCAAAACUGGGAGUACUUGGCUGACUAUCCAUGGUUGAACCAAGCAUUACAGUUGUUGUAUGGAUCUUUCAAUUUCGAAAGAAAGUUGGAAUUGGUGGAAGAUGAGUAUCGUUUGACUCCUUUGAGUGCAUUGAAAAGAUUAGGACCAUUGAAGAACCCAGAAAGUACAUCAUCGGAACCAAAGGCCGAGGACGCAAAGAUGGAAGAAUCCAGCGAGGCAGAUGAAGCAAAUGGUGAUAAGGAAGACGCUAUGGAAGUCGACCAGGAAACAUCAGGCUCUCCAUUGGCCGAACUUCUCGAAGCCCAUGCCACAUUUUUGGCUUCACUUGACACUACUACAGCAGGUGAUAUUCUUGAACCGCUUAUUGAUAUGUUCUAUCAAUCCAGUGAUACAAUUUAUCGUGCUUGGUCAAAUGUUUUCCCUACAGCAUUUUCUUCCAUUCCUAGGUCCGAACAUCUUGAUUUCACACGUUUCUUGGUUAUUCUUUUGUCUAAAGACUACCAUACUCGUCAAAUUGACAGUAGGCCCAACGUUAUUCAAUCUUUGCUAGAGGGAAUUUCUAGAUGUGAUGAUCUCCAGUUACCUCCAUUUGCUGUGGAGUGUUUGGGAGCUAACUUUAAUGCUUGGUCCCAAGGUAUUCACAUCUUGGAAAAUAUUGAGGAGCAGUCCAUCAAUAACAACCUGGAGUUCAGAGAAAUUACACAAGAUGCUUUGGCAAAGUUGUACGCAACUUUGAAAGAGGAUGAUAUGUUCUACGGUUUGUGGAGAAGAAGAGCCAAGUACUCGGAGACGAUAAGUGCAUUAUCUUAUGAGCAAGUUGGUAUUUGGGAUAAAGCACAACAAUUAUACGAAACCGCCCAGAUCAAAGCAAGAAGUGGCGCAUUACCUUAUGGUGAAUCUGAAUAUGCGUUAUGGGAAGAUCAUUGGAUAUUGUGUGCCGAGAAGUUGCAACAUUGGGAUAUUCUUACGGAUCUUGCAAGACACGAAGGAUUCUCCGAUUUAUUGUUAGAAUGUGGAUGGAGAGUAGCUGAUUGGUAUAAUGAUAGAGAGACGCUAGACCAAACAGUUAAAAAUGUUAUGGAUGUUCCUACUCCACGUCGCCAAGUGUUUGAAACUUUCCUUUGUUUGCAAGGAUAUGGCCAGGAAAAGGAAUCAUUGCAGGAUUUGUCCAGACUUUGCGACGAGGGUAUUCAGUUGGCAUUAAGGAAAUGGCACGGAUUACCUACCAGAUUUAACAAUGCACAUAUUCCUUUGCUUCAUACAUUCCAGCAAUAUGUGGAAUUCAUGGAGGCAAGUCAAGUCUAUGCAAGUUUGGUGAGCACAAAUGCUCAGAAUUUGGAUGUGAAGUCGCAAGAAUUGAAGAGAGUAUUACAAGUUUGGAGAGAAAGAUUACCAAAUACCUGGGAUGAUAUCAAUAUUUGGAAUGAUUUGGUCACUUGGAGACAACAUGCAUUCCAAGUUAUUAAUAAGGUUUAUAUGCCAUUCAUUCCAAUUUUGCAGCAGUCGAACACCGGAGGAAAUGCAAACUCGUAUGCUUAUCGUGGAUUCCACGAAAUUGCUUGGGUUAUUAAUAGAUUUGCUCACGUUGCUAGAAAGCACAACAUGUCUGAUGUUUGUAUCAAGGAGCUUACCAGAAUUUACCAAUUGCCUAAUAUUGAGAUUCAAGAAGCGUUCUUGAAAUUGAAAGAACAAGUUAAAUGUCACUACCAGAAUCCAAAUGAGUUGAAUACUGGUUUAGAUGUUAUCAGCAAUACCAACUUGGUCUAUUUUGCUACUCAACAAAAGGCAGAAUUCUUCACUCUCAAGGGUAUGUUCUUGAAUAAGCUUAACCAAAUGGAUGAAGCAAACAAGGCUUUUGCAACCUCUGUCCAAAUUGAUCUUAACCUCCCCAAGGCUUGGGCUGAAUGGGGUAUGUUCAAUGACCGUCGCUUUAAGGAAAAUCCAAGUGAUAUGGUCUAUGCCAAUAAUGCCAUCAGUUGUUACCUUCAGGCUGCUGGUUUGUACAAGAAUGGAAAAACCAGAAAGUUGUUGGCUAGAAUUCUUUGGUUGAUCAGUUUGGACGAUGCUUCGGGAACCUUGGCUCAAGCUUUCGAAAACUUCAGAGGUGAGGUUCCAGUGUGGUAUUGGAUCACCUUUAUUCCUCAAUUGUUGACUUCACUUUCUCACAAAGAAGCAAGAUUGGCUAGACAAGUUCUUGUUAGAAUUGCUAAGAGUUAUCCACAAGCUUUACAUUUCCAACUUAGAACUACCAAGGAAGACUUUGCAGCUCAACAAAGACAAGCAAUGGAACUUGCUCGUCAAAAGGGCGACAAAGAGAAGACGGAAGCUAAAACUGACAGUAUUGCAGAGGAUGGUGAAGAAAAAUCUGAGAAACCAGAAGCAAAGAAGGAAGAUGAGAACGGUAAACCAAUCCCUUCAACUGUUCGUCAACCACUUGAGCAUGUUGAGGAGAUCAUGGGAAUCUUGAAGACAGCAUAUCCUUUGCUCGCCCUUUCAUUGGAAUCAUUAGUGGACCAAAUCAACCAAAGAUUCAAGUGUACUGCCGAUGAAGAUGCGUAUAGGCUUGGUGUUGCUUUACUUAAUGAUGGGGUUCAAUACUUGAACCGUCUUGGUAAUCCAAGAGAUGAUGCUAAGCUCCCCCCCAUUACAGAAGCUAAUAUCACCAGAUUCGCAGAAACUGUCUUGCCAAAGCAGAUCAGAGCUGAAUUUGAAAAGGAUUUGGUUGUUGGUAAACCUAAGCUUGAAACCUACAUCAUCAAGUUGAGAAAGUGGAGAGAUAGACUCGAAGAUAAAUUGGAUAGACGAUUCUCUGAGGUUAAUUUAGAGAAUUUGUGUCCUCAUCUUAGUGAAUUCCAUCAUCAGAAGUUUGAAGACAUUGAAGUUCCUGGUCAAUACUUGUUGAACAAGGAUAACAACAACCAUUUUGUCAAGAUUGAAAGGUUUUUACCAACUAUUGACUUGGCUCGUGGUACUAAUGCUUGUUACAAGAGAUUGAGAAUCCGCGGCCAUGACGGAAGCUUACAUACUUUUGCAGUACAAUUUCCAGCUGCCCGUCAUUGUCGUCGUGAAGAGUGUAUUUUCCAACUAUUCCGGAUCUUUAAUGACACUAUUUCGAAGAAGGUUGAAACAAGACGUCGUAACAUCACGUUCACAUUGCCAACUGCUGUUCCUUUGUCUCCUCAUAUCCGUAUUAUCAACGAUGAUACUAGAGACAUUACCAUGCAAAAGAUCUAUGAAGAUUUCUGUCGUCGUAACGGUAAGUCUAGGGAUGAGCCAUUUAUCUACACCAUUGAAAAGUUGAGAGCUGCAUUUGACCAAAGAUUACCUAAGCCAGACAUUAUGAGUAUUAGAGUGGAAAUUUUGAGUGCCAUUCAGUCCUUGUUAGUCCCUUCUACGGUAUUGAAAAACUACUUCAUCGAGUUAUACCCACAAUUCGAAGAUUUCUGGUUGUUCCGUAAACAAUUCAGUUCCCAGUAUGCUUCGUUCAUCUUCACAACUUACAUGAUGUGUGUGAAUGCAAGACAACCUCAAAAGAUACAUGUGAACAAGGGUUCAGGAAGUGUUUGGACUUCAGACAUGUUGCCAUGCAAGAUUGCAAGCAAGAGUGCUUUGGCUGAUAAUCCUCAGGGUGGUCCUGCUCCAUUGUUCUACAAUGCAGAAAUGGUUCCAUUCAGAUUGACACCAAACAUUCAAAAGCUCAUUGGAGAAACCAGUUUAGAGGGUGUUUUGUCAGUAUACAUUUUGUGUAUUGCCAGGGCAUUGACUGAACCAGAAUCGGAUUUGGAGCAAUACCUUACUUUGUUUGUUCGUGAUGAGGUGAUCUCAUGGUGUGCUCAACAAGAUCCACCUAGGGCAAUCCCCCAAGAUAAGCAAUUGAGAGAUAUCGUCAAGAUCAAUGUGGACUUGGUGAUAAAGAGAGUUUUGUCUAUGGGUCAUAUUAGCUCUGGUCCUGCUGUUGCUACCCAGAAUGUCUUGGAGUUGAUUUCCCAAGCUGUUAAUCCUAGAAACUUGGCUGCCGCAGAUACUUUGUGGAUGGCAUACUUCUAGAUUGUUUGUAUAUUGUUAGAACUUUGUAUAUUAUAAUUAUAAAG